UAGGGCUUUUAUGAUAAAAAAUGUGCUUGCUAUGUUAAGGCGAGUGAUAUCCAAAGCCUCGCGAAACGUGAAGAUGUUCAAGCGCAUUUUUGUUAUCUCAGUACUCAGCUUAGUAUGGUACUACAGCCUACUUAAUCUUACGGCAUGUGCGUGCGUCUUAUUUCUUCUCUACACUGUUUCUGGAGGAUGGAAAACACUCCGAAUGUUGUACAACACUUUGCCCAGAGACGCCAGAGCUGCUGUUAAGCUGCUGACAGUGAAAUACCGAAUGAGUCGUAUCCGUAAACAGAAUCUUACGGUGCCCCUUCUGUUCCGCUCUUUUGUAGAGAAACACCCAGACAAAGUAAUGUUCAUUUGCGCAGAUAAGAAGUAUACAUUUCGAGAUGUGGACAUUUUCUCAAAUCAAAUUGGACAGUACUUUCAACAGAAAGGAUUUCAGUAUGGAGACGUUAUUGACCUCAUGAUGGAAUCGAGGCCCGAGUUUGUCAUCAUCUGGCUCGGAUUAGCUAAAAUAGGUUGCAUCACUGCCCUUAUUAACACCAAUUUGCGAAAUCAAUCCUUAGUUCAUUGCAUCAAAACAGCGCAGCCCAAGGCAGUAAUAGUCGGCAGCGAAUAUGUCGAAGUGGUCGACGUGAUUCGAAACGAGCUUAGUGACGACUACUCCUAUUAUUACUCGGGUCCCCAGUUAGACGAAAACAGGCAGCCAAAUUGCAUGACAUAUCUGGACGAAGAUAUUGCUAAGUGCCAAAGCAACGCUCCCGUAGUGCCUUCCCAAGCAAAACCUACAGACAACCUUAUUUACAUCUACACGUCUGGCACUACGGGACUGCCGAAAGCAGCAGUCAUUUCUCACUUCAGAUUUGCAUAUCUGCUGCAUAUAAGCAGUGGAUUAUGGGGUGUCAGGAAAACUGACGUGUUUUACGUGCCCCUGCCCAUUUACCAUUCUUCUGGAGGAAUUCUGGGUGUCGGACAAGCUCUGAUCAAUGGAUGUACAGUAGUGAUUAGACCAAAAUUCUCUGCCAGCAGGUACUGGUCUGACUGUGCCAAGUACAACUGUACGGUGGGUCAGUACAUUGGCGAGAUCUGCAGGUACCUUUUGGCUCAGCCAGAGUCCCAGCAUGACAGACAACACCAAGUGAGACUCAUGGUUGGAAAUGGACUCAGACCUCACAUCUGGGAAGAGUUCGUCAAAAGAUUUGGGAUUGGGAAGGUGGGCGAGUUCUAUGGUGCUACUGAAGGCAACUGCAGUGUGAUGAACACAGACAACAAAGUGGGUGCAGUCGGUUUCAUGACUCAAAUCAUACCAGCUCUCUACCCCAUCAUGCUCAUCAAGGUGAACCCUGACAGUGGGGAGAUCCAAAGAGACAGCAAUGGACUCUGCAUACAGUGCGAAGCCUACGAGAUCGGACACCUCGUCGGCAAAAUCCAGGAGUCAGAUCCAGGAAGAAGGUUUGACGGAUACUUGGACAGAGCAGCUUCGGAGAAGAAGAUAGUGAGGAAUGUGUUGAGGAAGGGAGACAGUGCAUUCCUCUCGGGCGAUCUGCUGGAGAGAGACGAGAAUGGAUAUCUCUACUUCAGGGACAGAACAGGAGACACCUUCAGAUGGAAGGGAGAAAACGUUUCGACAACUGAAGUAGAGGCUGUACUGAUGCCGCUGUUCGGAAACUCGGACGUCGUGGUGUUCGGAGUACAAGUCCCUGGAUUCGAGGGCACAGCAGGAAUGGCGGCCAUUGCAGUGGAUUUACCCAGUAGUCAGGAGUUUAGGCAACUCUACGCUGAGAUGCGAGUAGCUCUACCGGCCUAUGCGAUGCCCAUCUUCAUACGUAUUAUGUCCUCAGCACAUGCACAUAGCACUGGUACAUUUAAACUGAAGAAGUUUGAUCUACAAAGAGAGGGCUACAACCCCAGUCAGGUCAAUGACCCUUUGUUCCUGAUUGACAACCAGAACAAGACAUAUGCGCCCCUGGACGCUCUGACAUACAAACAAUCCGGACUCAUAGAUGGCUCUAUCCGCAUUUGAAAGGGUUCAGGAUGAGCUGUUAAUUUUACUACGAAAAAACAAUGUCUCAGUCUCACAAUGUUUCACGAAUUACAUUUAAACGCAAUGAAAGAAGAUUAUCACAAAUUUGAUAUGCGAUAACGAAUUGAAACAAAACUUCACAGCCUUCUAAAUAGCUGAAAAUUAUAUUUGAACUUGUUAAAAAUUGUAGUUGGAAUGUUUCUCUUUGAUGUUUGGAAGACUAAAACAUUGCCCAUGUGUUCAGUUGUCAUUGUUUUUGCGAAGUUAAAACAUAGACAAAUAGUUUUUGCAUGGUUUGGAAUCUAAAUUUUUCUAUGUUUCGCAGCUAGGAAAAAAACAUCAAUUUACGGCAACAAAAUACUUGGGUACUGCUGUGAUGUGUACCAAUAAUAUCGCUUGUGAUUUAUUGUUAGCGCAUUUCUCUCGCAUUGUAUGUGAUGUAGUUUCCCAAUUGCAAGUUUCUCAGACCACAAGUUUAGUAGGUCCAGUUAGUUGAUAACAAUGAAAAUAAAAUAUCUUCCUCGUGAAAUUUCAAAGAUGUGGUUUUAUUUUAGGCGUGAAUGAUCAGACCAAAUUGUGAUGUAAUUUUUGAAUUAUGUAAUUUUGAAAUUAGCGUUUUUUUACCUAAAAUUGGCUGUAAAAUCUUCCAAAUAUCUCCUCGAUUUUUCAAUCAACGUGGUGAAAACAUCCUCAUAGUUUUUGAUAUGAUAUCAAACUAAAUAUACGAGAAUCAUUUUAUCCUUAGAUGUAUGUGUUCGUGUCAAUUAAUUUCAUUUUAAAUAUUACUGAACGAAAUGAAAUCCUGAAUUUCUAUUCACUGCGGCUUCGCUUCUGUAAUUUUUGAAAAUCAACAAAUACGAUCCUUUUAAGGAUUUGAUUUUCUCCCAAAAGCAUACCUAAGAAAAAUUCCUGCAAUUUUGUCGACAAUAUUUGUAAAAGAACUUGAUUCAGUUUUGUGUAAAAGUUCAGGAUGUUUUUUUAUUCAGGGUAAUAUGGAACCAUUGCAAAAUCUUUUCAUCGAUUUCAUGAUUGUGUUGUGAUGACAAAAUUGAAAGUACAAAAUUGAAAGUAUUUUAGUAGUUCAUAAUAGUACCGUAUCUUCCGUGCUUGUUUGAAAUUCUCCGUCUGAUAAUCUGUCGAUAAUACUAAUCUAUUCUAUCCAAAUCCAAAUAUGCAAUUUGAAAAAUAAGCUAAUCAGUUGUUGUUACUAAUUAAGGUAAUAUUAAUGUGUAUUAAUCUACGCAACGGGGAUGUAGUAUCUGGUCUCUAUUGCACUGUCUUAAUUUCAUCAUAGCCCAUUCCUAUCUCGCUAUAAAUGUCACUGGUAUGUUUAAUUGUUGUCCAAAACAACCUUCAAACAGUCUGCAGCUACAAAAUGGAUAUGUUCAGACUAAAUUUGCCAAUGUAUUUGAUUUCAAUCAAUUAGAUUCAAGCGUUUUAGAUAGUAUGAGUACAAAAUAUGCUUUCUGUUGUUUAAACACUCUUGUUUUAAUCUCACCUAGAAAAGUUUUUGGUAAAGUACUAAGAUCGAUGAAAAGUUU